AUGUUAUUCAAAAUAUUUCUUUUUGAUAAUAAUAAUAAUAAUAAUAAUAAUAAUAAUAAUAAUAAUAAUAAUAAUGAUGAUGAUGAUGAUGAUGAUGAUGAUGAUGAUGAUGAUGAUGAUGAUGAUGAUGAUGAUGAUGAUGAUGAUGAUGAUGAUGAUGAUGAUGAUGAUGAUGAUGAUGUUAGUUCAACUAAGGAGUGCUGAUCAGAUUCUAUUUAACAUACGUCGCAACAUUCCUUUGAAGUAAAUCUUCAGUUAUUCAUGUUAAACUGAAUGUUUAAUAAGAGUAAGUAAGUAAAUAUUUCUGUUCUAUCCAUUGUUUUUGUGUGUGUUUUAAUUGUCUCUUUAACUACUAAAAUC